UCACUGGCAAACGAUUACCUUGCACUAGGGAUUUUGAAGUAAGGUAAACGCACCAGUGAUGGACAAGGAACCAAUAAUGGACGAAAAAAAACAAAAACGGCUAGAAUAAGGGCGGGAAUCAAUUUUAUUAUAUUGGCAACACUUUACCAUAAACAAAAGUCGUCGAGCUGCCAAAGUUUGACGUUUCAUUCACUUUCGUUAUAAAACAAAAAAAUGGCGUGAGGUGAAUUGGUGCUUGGUGUUAGAAAAUAUAAUUUGAGGCUUUUGUUACGUAAAUGGUUAGUGAGAAAUGGCGCCUAAAAAAAAUUAUACACCUCAACAAAUGGGCUGGGCUAUUGAAGCUGUUAGAAAAGGCGCAAAAAUAUCUGAAGCAGCCAAAAAAUUUAACGUGCCUAGAAUAACAUUACGCAACAAAAUCACAGGAAUAAGUCCCAUAGAGUGUCCAAUGGGACCCAGUACCAUUUUGUCGAAGGAAGAAGAAAACAUUCUAGAAGAUUGGAUAAAAGAUAUGGCAAAUAAACAUAUUCCAAUAACCAAAGAGGAAUUAUUAGAUAGUGUUCAACGUGUUAUAGUCGACAAAAACCAGGAGACUCCUUUUACUAAUAAUAGACCAGGCAAGAAAUGGUAUUCCUCGUUUAUGAAACGACACCCUACGAUUGCCGAACGUACUGCUCAAAAUUUAUGCACGGCAAGGGAUAAUGUUACUCAAAAUGACGUUGAGAAGUGGUUUUCGGAAGUUGAAUCUGAUUUGAAAGAAAGAGGACUUUUUGGAAUACUAAAAAAUCCUCAGAGGAUUUUCAAUACCGACGAGAGCGCGUUUUUUUUGAAUCCAAAAUUAGGACGUGUCCUUGCUAAAAAGGGCGAUAAAAAUGUAUAUGCUUCUUCAGGCGAUGAUAAAGAAAAUUUAACAGUUCUGGUCACUGGCAAUGCAGCAGGAGAGCUCGCACCUACCAUGGUUGUUUUUAGUUAUGCAAGGAUACCGUCAUCAAUUUCAGACACUUUUCCUGAUGACUGGGCUAUUGGUCGUUCGGAAAGCGGGUGGAUGUGCUCAGGCACAUUCUUCGAAUAUAUGACAAAUGUGUUUAAUCCUUGGCUGAUUAAGAAAAAUAUUGAAAAGCCAAUUUUAUUUUUUUUGGAUGGACACAGGUCACAUUUGACUUUGCACCUGUCUAAUUUCUGCUCUGAAAAUGGUAUUGAGGUCAUAGCACUCAAUCCAAAUUCAACACACAUAUUACAACCUAUGGAUUUGGCUGUUUUCAGGCCUUUGAAGUCGUCAUGGCGAGAAGGGGUUAAGAACUGGAAAACGCAAAAUUUAGGACAAGUUCUUAAAAAACAUCACUUUGCUCCAGUUUUGCAGACAGCAAUCGAAAAACUUACUGUUGAGACAAUCAAAAAUGGAUUUCGAGCUGGAGGAUUGUACCCAUUUGGUCCAGAAUUUGUAGACAUGAGUAAAAUUAAAUCUCAAAACAGGCAAAAUGUUGAUUCUACUCGCCAGAGAGAAUUUUUGAGAACAUUAGAGAACAAGAUUGAAACUACUUUGUCUUGUGCCAAACUGAAGCUUUUCAAGGAUCUUUAUUACAAAAGUCGCCUCGAGCUGGAAAAUCUUCUGCCAAAUGAAGAUGAAUCUCUGUACUUGAUUUGGGCCAGUACUAAGCAAAUUCUCGAUCAUGAUGUAAGUAAUGAAGUAUUAGCACCCACUAACUCCGUUGAAACAUUAAAUCUCGUAUCAGAAAAUGAUGAUCAAAAUAAAAACGGAUCUCCAAAAGAAAAUGAUUCAAUUGGUAUCUUAUCUCACGACACAAACGAUUCUGAACCAAGUGCUUCCUCACAAAAUAUUUGCUUAGCCAAAAAACCAUCAGAUAUUGAUACCUCAAAUGCAGGCCAUGAAGACUUACCAGUCAUUGAUGAUACAUUAUCAAGAGAAAUCGAAUCUAUUGCUGUCUUAUCUCAUAAUAAUAACGAUUCUGAACCAGGCACUUCUCUACAAAACACUUGUAUAUCUAAAGAAAUUUCGGAUCUUGAUACUUCAAAUGCAGGCCAGCAAGACUUGGCAACCACUAAUAAUUCUUCACCAAAUAAAAACGAAGCGAUUGCGGUCUUGUCUCAGAAGACGAACAAUUUUGAAUCAAGCACUUCAACGCUCAAUACCUCAAAUGAGCCAAAUGCAAAACAGAGAAAUUUAGAAGUCAUUGACAAAUCUUUGCAAAAACGUAGUGCCAAAACACCUAUGAAGAUUAAUAGCCCUAGCACUUCAAAUUAUGUUAUACCAUCGCCUUUCAAACGAAGCUUAUUUUGGCCAGAAACGGAUGAAAUCACAAAAAAUAAGAAACGCAAAUUAAAAGAGAAAAUUCCAUUUUCGAUUACAAGCCCUGCAUGGAAAGCAUACAAUACCAAGAAGGAAGAAGAGAAAAGAAAAGAAAUAGAAGAGAAGGCAUUGCGAGCCAAAAAACGAGAAGAAAAUAAAAUGAAGAAACUUAAUGAGAAGAAAAAAGUUUCAAAUAAACGAAAAAUCAGAGUUGAAUCAUCUGAAACUGAGGAUGAAGUCAUUUACGCUGAAAGUGACGACAGUGUCUUGACUGAAGGAUCGGAAUCGAACGACGCACCAUUAGGUACAAUUUUUUCGUCCCAGAAAAAACUAUCAAAGGGAAAUUACGUGAUAGUUUUAUAUGAAGGACAACAUUUUCCUGGAGUUAUUGAAAAUUCAAAUAAAAAUGAGUUCGAAGUAAGCACGAUGACCUUUUCAACAGGAAACACCUAUAAAUGGCCAGAUAAACCUGAUAAGAUGUGGUACCAAAAAAAAGAUAUCGUGGAGCAGAUUUGUCCGCCAAGUUUGAUUAACAAAAGAGGUUUUUAUGCUGUUAAGGAAAUGAAAAAAUACUCUGUUUUUACUUCUUAAUUGUAAAAUUUCUUUAAAGAUGUUAAUUAUUUUGUUUUUUUUUUAGUUUGUGAAGGAGAAGAUAAUUUAUGUUGAUUUUGAAAAUAUAUUUUAUUUCCAAAGUAACUUUUAGUUCUUAAGUAAAUGACUGAUAAAUACAAUAUGAAAGAUAUAAAUAUGUAUAGCAUAUAGUAAACCAAUUAAUAUUAGUACAUGAAAGGCUGAUUAAGAGUAGUUUUUGAACUUUUCAAAGUGAUUAUUUAGGUAUAGCAAUAAUGUUUAAGUUGUUUAAUGCUGAUCUCAUUGUCCAUUUUCGGGAUUUCUAAGUACAUAAUAUGAAUGUUGUUACGACUACAGUUACAUUAAAAGCUGAUCAAAUAAAA